AUGAGUAUGUUUAUUUAUCGAGGAUUUGUUCAUUCAGCUUACUUAUUUGGCCUUGAAAGUCACAUUGUUCAUACAUCAAUUAAUGGCAAUAUAGUACCACCAGGUGCACUUCUUUCACUUAUGCAAAAAGGUCUUUAUUAUACUGAAGCUGAAUUAUCUAUUGGUGAUGAUGGACAAGAACGAACAUUCGACAACUUAAGUUUAAUCGAUGCAGUUGUACCAGAAAUUGUUGAAAAUCGCCGUAAAGAACUUCAACAACAACAACAACAACAAUCAUCGUCAUCAUCAUCAACAGCAACAUCAGUAAAAAAUGAAACAAAAUCAUCAAUUCGAUCAACUACUGUUACAUCGAAUAUUAAUGAUAAAGAUCGAUCACCAAUUCAACAACCAAUAAAUACAUCACCACAAUCAACAAAUCAAACAAUACCUGAUCGAUCAAAUACAGAUUUAUCAGGAAUAAAUGGUGGAAUUAAUUAUCAAAAUACAUCCACAAUAGAACAAGGAUCAUCAUCUUUAAAAUCAUUUAAUUCAACAUUAACAGGAUGUUCACAUUCACCAGCAACAGCACAAUCACAUUAUUUACAUAAUCAUCCAUCAUCAUCAUCUCAUUUAAAUACACUUCAACAAUCAGUAUCAAGUGGUCAUUUUUCUCAAAUGUCAAAUGGAAAUGAUAAUAAUUCCCAUAUAUCUUGUAACAGUAAUACUAAUCAUAUUGCUCCCAAAAUGGAACCAAUGGACUUUGAACAAAGUAAUUGUAUUCCACAUCCAAAUUAUUCAAGAAAUCCAACACCAAAUUCUUUAUCUGUACAAAGUGGUUCAUCAAAUAGUCAUAAUUUAAUGACAAAUGGUACUGUUGAUAUUCCACCGAAUCGUGUAACUGUUUUACGUGGUCAUGAAUCUGAAGUAUUUAUAUGUGCAUGGAAUCCUACACAUGAUUUAUUAGCAUCCGGUUCGGGAGAUUCUACAGCACGUAUUUGGAAUUUACAAGGUCCACGUGAACCAGAAAUGAUUUUAAGACAUUGUAUUAGACGUGGUGAUACACAAGUACCAAGUAAUAAAGAUGUUACAAGUUUAGAUUGGAAUCCCUCCGGUACACAAUUAGCUACCGGCAGUUAUGAUGGUUAUGCUCGAAUAUGGUCAUCCGAUGGUAAUCUAGCUAGUACACUUGGUCAACAUAAAGGUCCAAUAUUUGCAUUAAAAUGGAAUAAAAAAGGCAAUUAUAUUCUAUCAGCCGGUGUUGAUCGAACAACAAUUAUAUGGGAUGCUAAUUCUGGUCAUUGUGAACAACAAUUUGCUUUUCAUACAGCACCAGCACUUGAUGUUGAUUGGCAAUCCGAUACAACAUUUGCAUCAUGUUCAACAGAUCAAAAAAUUCAUGUUUGUCGUUUGGGUGAAAUGCGACCUGUUAAAACAUUCCAUGGACAUCAAAAUGAAGUCAAUGCAAUUAAAUGGGAUCCACAAGGACGUUUACUUGCUUCAUGUUCAGAUGAUAUGACAUUAAAAAUUUGGGCAAUGACAAAAGAUACACCUGUUCAUAAUUUACAAGCUCAUAAUAAAGAAAUUUAUACAAUUAAAUGGAGUCCAACUGGACCAGGUACAAUGAAUCCAAAUGCCACAUUACUUCUUGCUAGUGCAUCAUUUGAUUCAACUGUACGUUUAUGGGAUGUUGAACGUGGCAUUUGUCAAAGCACACUUGUUAAACAUUCAGAACCGGUUUAUUCAGUAGCAUUUAGUCCUGAUGGUCGUCUAUUAGCAACAGGUUCAUUUGAUAAAGCUAUUCAUAUAUGGGAUAUAGCAAGAGCUGAAAUAGUUCAUAGUUAUCGAGGUACAGGUGGUAUUUUUGAAGUUUGUUGGAACAGUCGAGGUACACGUGUAGGCGCAAGUGCAUCCGAUGGAACAGUGUGCGUACUCGAUUUGCGUAAAUGA